AGUUAGGGUUUCCGCCGGAUUCGAAUCUUCUAGAUAAGGUCGAUCGAUUCCGAUAUGGCCUCCUCCUCCGCCGCUCCCAACCGCGACGGCUCCUCCUCCUCCUCGCCUGAGGACGACGCCGUUUUGUCCGCCACCCGCGCUUUUGCUCAGGAGGCCUUGCUGCAAUUCCAGUCCGGCAAGUUCGAUCAGUGCCUCACGGCGUUGCAGGAGUGCCUCAAGCGGAAGUCCGGCGAUCCCAAAAUAUUGCAUAAUAUCGGACUUGCGGAAUUCUAUAGAGAUGGUUGUUCAGAUCCUAAGAGGUUGCUUGAAGUACUCAAUGACGUCAAGAAGCGAAGUGAAGAGCUUGCUCGAGCAUCUGCGGAACAAGCAGAGUCUGUAAGCAAUAAUGGAGAUAAAUUAUCUUCAGGUUUUAAAGGAAGUAGUACAACGGCACAUCCACUUUCUGCUGUCUACAUGGAUGAAUUUGACACUUACGUAGCGACCUUAAACAUUGCAAUUAUCUGGUUCCAUCUCCAUGAAUAUGCAAAGGCAUUGUCUGUUGUUGAACCACUAUUUCAAAAUAGAGGACCCAUAGAUGAGAAAACUGCUCUCAAUAUUUGUCUUCUGUUGCUGGAUGUGGGGCUAGCUUGCCAUGAUGCAAAGAAAUCUGCUGAUGUUUUAUUAUAUCUGGAGAGAGCUUUUGGUGUGAGUUGUAUGAAUCAGGGAGACAAUGGAAGCAGUGUGUCGCAGCAACCUCCAAACACAGUGGCCAAGUCUUCAUUUCCUCCUAGUUCAUCAGUCACAGAUGCUCCUAAUCUGGACUCAGACGCUAAUACAAAUGCAUUGGAUUCUGAGGAGACAGGCGAAUUUGAUAAUGCGGUUUUCGACAUGGAUGUAGCACAGCCAACUGGUCUCUUAUCGUCCAAUGAUGUUUCGAGGAACCCAGUUGACAUAUCUGUCUCUUCUGUUUAUCUCAAGCUCAAGACACAACUUUACAAGGUUCGAUUUCUACUUCUCACUCGGAACUUGAAGCAAGCUAAGAGAGAAGUGAAGCACGCUGUGAACAUUGCACGUGGCAGAGACUUAUCUAUGGCUCUUCUCUUGAAGUCCCAGCUCGAAUAUGCUCGCGGUAAUUACCGUAAAGCAAUCAAGCUGUUAAUGGCAUCUAGCAACCGAACAGAUACAAGGAUCUCGAGCAUGAUCAACAAUAAUCUAGGAUGCAUCUAUUAUCAGCUUGGGAAAUAUCACACAUCAUCCGUAUUCUUCUCCAACGCAUUGCUUAAUUGUUCAUCUCUUCGGAAGGACAGGCCUGUAAAUCUGUCAACUUGUUCACUGGAUAACUCCCUCCUGAUUGUAUACAAUUGUGGUAUGCAGUACUUGGCUUGUGGAAAACCAUUACUUGCUGCUCGCUGUUUCCAAAAAGCUGGUUUAAUUUUCUACAAUCGACCUCUGUUGUGGCUUCGGCUUGCUGAAUGCUGUCUGAUGGCUGUAGAGAAGGGACUAGUCAAAAACAGUCCGAGUGCAUCAGAAGUCAGAGUUUAUGUUAUUGGCAAGGGAAAGUGGAGGCAACUUGUCAUGCUGGAUGGGGUUGAAAAGAAUGGAUCUGAAAAAGGUGAUUUAUUUUUGGGCAGUGAUCAGCAGCCCAAGCUCUCAAUGUCCCUUGCCCGGCACUGUCUCGCUAAUGCCUUGUACUUACUGAACCAUUCCGAAUCAAGCUAUUGUAAGAAUUCUUUGCCAUCUAAUUUCUUCUUGGAUGAUAAUGAGUUAGGCGAAGUGGCAUCGUCCAAGACUUCCAACCACAAGAACUUGCACAACAUCGAUUCUGAGGCUUCUGUACUCUCUGUAGGCUUGGGUCAGGUUAGUGCAAAUGGGGAUGCAAAAGAGCAGAAGGCAGGAAGUACUCAGGAACUUGUGCAAAACUGCCUCUCUUCCUAUGGAGAGAUUCGUAAAAAGGAAAAUCUGUUGCUCAAGCAAGCUCUUCUUGCUAAUCAGGCAUAUGUGGAGUUGGAAUUAGAGAAUCCUCUGAAAGCCUUGUCAAUUUCGAAGUCUCUCCUGGAAAUUCCAGAAUGUUCUAGAAUUUACAUAUUUCUAGGUCAUGUGUAUGCGGCAGAGGCUCUUUGCUUGCUAAAUAGGCCAAAGGAUGCUGCUGAGCAUUUGUUGACAUAUUUGUCUGGAGUUAAUAAUGUUGAAUUGCCAUUCACUGAAGAUGACUUUGAACAAUUGAAAGGGGUCAGGACUGUUGAUUAUGAAGAGGUGAAUGGAGGGUCAGCGACUGCAACUUCGGCCUCAGAAGAUGCAUUAAGCUUUGCGUUCAUCAAGCCAGAAGAGGCACUUGGAGCUCUGUACGUGAACUUUGCUGCCUUGUACGCCAUGCAAGGUGAACUUGAUCGGGCUCACCAGUUUGUUGCACAGGCAUUGUCCAUAGUACCGAACAAUCCACAAGCAUCUUUGACUGCAGUUUAUGUGGACCUCAAGCUUGGUAAGUGUCAAGAUGCUCUUUCCAAGUUAAAACGGUGUAGUCGAAUUACAUUCCUUCCUAGCGGAUUAACAUUGAAUAAAGCUUGUUGAUGGUCCUGGUUGUAUUGGUGGCUUCUCAUAGCAUUCGUCCCGCCUCCCAGUGCUAAGCUAGUGGGUAGAUCAGCAAUCCUCUCUCAGAGGAUUUGUAACAUAUAUAUAGUUCCCCGAUUCAGAAAUAAAUUUCUGUCCAAUUUUUUUUUUUUGCCGUAAAAUUUUCAUUUCUUAGGGCUUAGUGAUUGGUGGUGUGGCUGUGUUUUUGUUAGUGCGGGAUGCCCACCUUUGAUAUUUGAGAUGUAGUUCUGAUUUAGAUUCUUGUUGUUUUAGUGGCUAAUUUAGUUGGUCAAACAUAGUCAGAUGAUAAGCUGUUUUAGUGAAAGGAACUGGAAAGGUUAUUUAUUCUGGAUUUCAUAUUUCAAAUCUUUUUCUUAUGCGAUGUUUCUUGUACCAUCUUGUGUUCCUGGACUGAAUGUUGUAUAUGGAAUUUGUUUGUUCAUCC